AUGAGAUUUGUCCGUACUACAAAAACUAUCCUUCAAACAUUGAGAGAAGAUGGCUGGGAAGAAUUUCUUGAAGAGGUGAAAUGUUUUUGCUCAAAAAAUGAUAUACAUGUACCUGACUUUGAUACUUCGUAUAUGGUUGGUCGUUCUCGUGGUCGUGAGUAUCCUACCGUUGAACAUCACUAUCACUUUGAUAUUUUCAAUGCAACCAUUGAUUUUCUGAUGAUGGAGUUAGAUACAAGAUUUAAUGAGACAUCAUUAGAACUUCUUUCUCUCAGUGCGGCUUUGGAUCCAAAAGAUUCUUUUGAAUCAUUUAACAUUGAUAAUAUUUGCAAGCUUGCAGAGAAGUUUUAUCUUGAAGAUUUUUCACAGCAAGAUAUUUAUUGUUUGAAAGUUGAGUUGCAACAUUAUCAGAAUGAUGUGAUUUCCGAACCUCGAUUUCAAAUACCUACACUUUCUAAUUUAUGUCGAGAAUUGGUUGCAACAAUGAAACAUGUGAAGACGGAAAUUCGUAACAAAAUGGAUGAUGGCUUUCUUGCUGAUUGUUUAACACUAAAUAUUGAGCGAGAAUUUAGUAUGAAUUUAGAUCUAGAUUCUAUUGUAGAUGAAUUCUAUGCUUUAAAACAUCGUCGGGUACAACUACGAUAG